UCAGCUUUAGACCCACAAUAUUUCAACAUGCUCCCCUCUCUAGGGACCAUAUUCAUUUUCAUUAUUUUGAAAGGCGUUGAACCAUUUUCUGUGAAGUGUCCGCCAAGAUGGGAGGGGUUCAGUGAAUCUUUAAACUGUUACAGGAUGUAUACAGAGGAGCAGGAGGAUUGGGAUACAGCAGAGCAAACUUGUACAAACCAAGGAGGAUCACUGGUUAAUAUUGAGAGUCAGCCUGUUAAAGAUUAUAUUGCAUCCAGGGCAGGGAAGACCAAAGAAAGUAUGUGGAUUGGCCUAAGGUUGAUGAUCAGCAUGGAUGGAGAAUUAAAAUGGAAAUGGAGAAAUGGCAAAAAAUACACAAAUACAUUUAUAUCAUGGGCUCCUGGAGAGCCCACAGUAACAACAGCACCUGCUUGUGCUGGGAUUGAUAAAGAUGGAAACAUGUUUGCUAGCAAGUGUGAUGGAGAGGUUAAAGCCUUCAUGUGUGAAAGAUACCUUGGGGCACCUCAGAAAUGUCCAACAUCCUGGACGCAUUAUGGAU